AUGGAAAAAUGGGAAAAGUUGAGAAAUCCAAAUCAAUAUAUUGAGAGAAGGAUACAUCAACAGACUGAAAAAGAAAAGAAACAGAACCGUUUGCUUGUAAUGACUUCCAUAGAGAGUGUGAAGUGGUUAGCAUUGCAAGGUUGUGCAUUUAGAGGUCAUGAUGAGUCUACUGAGUCUACCAAUCGUGGGAAUUUUAUUGAAUUAAUCAAAUCGCACGGAAGAGCAAAUAAUGAAAUUGAUGAUGUUGUUCUAGAAAAGGCAGCUAAAAAUGCCAAGUACACAUCACCGGUUGAUGAAUCACAUAAUGAACAAAUGGCUAUUAUUUUGAGAUAUGUUGAUAGUGAUGGAUUUGUUAGAGAACGAUUUUUUGAGGUUGUGAGUGUUAAAGAUACAAAUGCUUUGACUUUGAAAAAAGAGAUAUGUGUUGUAUUAAGGCAAUACAAUCUUUUGAUUACAAAUUUACAAGGUCAGGGGUAUGAUGGUGCUAGCAACAUGCGAGGGGAAUGGAACGGACUACAAGCAUUAUUUCUUAGAGAAUGUCCAUCUGCUUAUUAUGUUCAUUGCUUUGCUCAUCGACUACAGUUAGCUUUAGUUGUAGUAGCUAAGGAUCGUGCUGGAGCUACUCGUUGGAGUUCACAUUUUGCCUCUGUUAAAAGAUUUAUUGAGAUGUUUGGUUCUACUUGUACACUUCUUGAAAAUCUUAUUAAUGAGGGGUCGAACAAUAGUAUACGUGGAGAGGCCAAAGGUGCUUUGAAAGUUAUGAAAACAUUUGAUUUUGCAUUUAUCUUAUUGUUGAUGCAUGAAGUGUUAGAAAAAUCUGAUAUUUUGUGUCAAGCAUUGCAAAUGAAAGAUCAAGACAUUUUGAAUGCAAUGCAUUUUGUCUCAAGUACAAAGCUUCUUCUUCAAGAGAUGUGUGAUGAUCGGUGGGAAAGUUUUAUAUGGUAUGUGGUUGAAUUUUGUAGAAGUAAUGAUAUUGAUGUGCCCGAAUUAACUGAUCGUUAUAUGGAUGGUACAAGACGUUCUUGUCAACAGAAAAAUAAUAUUACAGUGGAAGACUACUAUCACUUUCAGAUAUUCAAUGCUGUAAUAGAUUUUCAGUUGAUGGAGUUGAAUAAUAGAUUUAUGGAGAAAACAAUAGAACUUCUUAAGCUAUACGAGGCUUUAAAUCCUACAGAUCGUUUCAAAUCAUUCUCUAUAGAUGCUAUUUGUGGUCUAGCCGAGGAAUUUUAUCCUUUGGAUUUUAAUAAAGAAGAGAUACCAGAUUUGAAGAGACAGUUGGAUCACUACAAGUUUGAUGUAAUUCGGAAUCCGUAA